UUCUUAUUUUCAUCUUUGACCCAUUAUUAUUACCAUUACCGUCUUGGCCGUCCCCGAUCAAAAGGCAGCAGAACCAAGAAACGUCCGAAAAACCCGCAAGAUCCCCGUUCUUGCCUCCUCCGUCCCAGCCUCGAGUCAGUCGACCGGUGACCCCAUGGAGGUCACUCCUCCUGCCUCGGGCGCCGCGCCCCCCAUCCACAGCAGUCCCGAUAGCGAUCGAGCGGGCGCAAACAACACCACGGCCACCUCCAAUGGCUCUGCUGAACCUACCAAUGUGAACCACCAUGCUGUUCCCACCGCUAUCGGAGCUGCCGCCGCAGCUCAGCAGCCCAAGGUCGUGCAGACGGCUUUCAUCCACAAGCUUUACAAUAUGCUGGAAGACCCCAGUAUCCAACAUCUGAUCUCCUGGUCGAAUACGAACGACAGCUUCGUCAUGUCCCCUACCUCCGAGUUUUCCAAAGUCCUCGCUCAAUAUUUCAAGCACACCAACAUAUCGUCCUUCGUCAGACAGCUGAAUAUGUACGGAUUUCAUAAAGUGAGCGAUGUCUUUCAUACCGGUUCUCCAGACUCCGCUCUGUGGGAGUUCAAACAUGGGAAUGGCAAUUUCAAGCGCGGGGAUCUCGUCGGACUCCGCGAAAUCAAGCGCCGCGCAUCGCGCCAUGCGUUGAUCCAUCGCGACUCGUUUCCUGGUCACAAGGCCGCCGCUUCCCAGCCGGGCACUCCGGCUGAGCCUGUUCCCGACGUCACCGAGUCCCGCUUGAUGAAUCUGGAACAUUCCAUGUACGACCUGCACGCCCGUCUAAGGAGCGCUGAAGAAGGCAACGUGGCACUCAAUGCGAGAUGUCAAGCAAUGGCUGAGAGUUUAACCCGUUGUUACCACUGGACUCACUCAAUUUCACGAUUUCUCCAAGGCAUAAUUCCCGAUCGCGAGAGCCUUCUGUAUCGAGAUGUGGCCAGCAUGCAGGCAGAACUGGAGAAGCAUCUCGAUGCUGUUCGGGCCCUGGAGCACCCUCCGGACCCGUAUCUGACCGUCCGACAACCGUACGUCGCCAGCAUUUCCGUUGAUCCAGGCCCGCCACUGUCGCCGCGCCAGAUGCCCCAGGAAGAUGGUCGCCGCCAAUCGAUGUUGGACCCAUCAAGGACCAAUAUGAUCCGACCCCCUGUUCCUCCACAUCUGGCCGUCUCUCCGCGCCGUUACGGGUCAAUUGGGACCGGAAACUCUUCCCCCAACUACAGUCGUCCGCAGGUGCCGUCGGUCAUCACGCCACAACAGCCUAUGCCUCAUCCUCUCUCAUCCGUCUCAUCUCCUCCUGGCCCAAAUCUCGCUCGUCGACACACUUCGGCAGACAUCAGACAGCAUGGCUGGCCGCCACCGGGCGUGUCGCCAUUCCCCUCUGCCCACCCACCGGGACAGGCGGCGAAUCCCUGGUCCCCGGCCCGCCACCGGACUCCGACAUCAAGUGAACAGUCAGUUCGAGAAGUGUUGGCCCAGUAUGAGAUGGGUGCACCGCGACGUCUGCAAGAGACUCGACAUGCCACUCCACCUCUACAUCCCGACCAGACCCCCACGACCGAUAAUGGCUGGGCCCUAGGGCCCCGAUUCUCUCGGCACGAUUCGUCCUUGCCUGCAACCCGACGUUCCAGCAUGGCCAGCAAUGUUCAUUCGCUUCUCAACCCGGCCGACACCGCGGAACGGCCGGACGAAGAUCAACAUGCCAUGGCCGAUGAUCGAAAACGGAAGCGGCUGGAAUAGAAUUAAAUCAUAUCCUUCGUCUUGCUUAAUAUCCUUAUUCAAGGAUUUCUGCAGGGGCAUUGCUUGGUGCUGGUAUUUGGCCCCUAGAGGAUUCGGAGCCGUUGACUUAUUGUUCUUGGAGGCGCAAAUUAUAGGAAAGGGGUCA